AUGAACUUCAGCAGAAACUCCAACCAGCAACCUUCUGCCCAGAACAACGAGCCUGAAAUGGCAGUUGCCCCAGCUAUGUUGGCCUGUGAGAGCUUUGGUUCUACCACCGUGGAGGCAGAAGCUUGUCAAAUCCCAGCAGCUGUUGCAUCCGAUCCCUCCAGAGAGACAACAGCUGAAAUCCCACCCGUCCAAGAUGCACUCGACGUGGACUUGCCUGCUGCCCUGGGCAGGCCUGUUGCACUUCAGACCGGAGAAGAGCUCUUGGGACGGAUGAAGACACGGCGUAAGAAAGAAACAGUCAACAGUGGGCUCUGGGGAGGUCUGUUGGGCUUUGCUUUGCUUGGGGGACCAAUUGGUGCUGUUGGAGUUGGUGCGGGCUCGGCCAUUCUGACAAAGCACUCUAUGAAACGCCGGGAAAAGGUUUUGCGCAAGCGUUUGGAAGGUAGACUUCAUGAACCCAUGUUCUUGAUUUCGGAGACGUCGACUAGUAGCUAA